UCCUCUUUGUUUUUCCUCUUUUAGACUUUUUCUUUUCUCAAUCAUUUCAAAUUUCAAAACCUCUUUUCUCUUCUACAAGAACACCUCCAAACUCCAUCAACAACAUCUACAUUCCGUUGUAGCCAUUCUCAAUAUCACAAUCUUCCAUUUUUCUCAAAUGGGUGGUGGUUCAGGAAGCUGGUUUAAAUCACUCAUUCCUCCUAGAAAGCAGCUCUCCACAAAUAAUCAAGUGAAGGGAAGUGAUGAUAAGCGUAAGAGAAGAUGGAAGUUAUGGAGGAAUUCUACAGAAGUUAAUGGAUUUGGAAAUUCUAUGAAGAAGGGACAUGGUUUUGUUGGUUAUGAUAAAUAUUCUUGUUCUUCGUUUGUGGUGAAUGAAGAAGCUUUUGCUGCUGCAAUGGCUGCUGUGCUAAGAACUCCACACAAAGACUUCUUGGUCAUCAAGCAGGAAUGGUCUGCCAUCCGAAUCCAGUCUGCAUUUCGAGGCUUCUUGGCAAGAAGGGCUUUGAGGGCUCUGAGGGCAUUGGUGAGGCUGCAAGCUAUAUUUCGCGGCCGGUUAGUGAGAAAACAAGCAGCUGUUACUCUAAGGUGCAUGCAGGCUCUUGUGCGAGUUCAAGAACGCGUGAAGGCGAAGAAUGUUAGGAAUUCUCCAGAAAAGAAAGCUAAGCAGAAACUGUUAAACGAGCAACGCAAUCGAGCUGAUCCUGCUAAACAAGCUGAGAAAGGGUGGUGUGACAUACCAGGAACUGUGGAAGAAGUUAAAGCAAAAUUGAAAAUGAGACAAGAAGGAGCAAUUAAGAGAGAUAGAACAAUGUCAUACUCCAAUUCCACCCAGCAAUCAACAGUGAGUUCUAGUCCAAACUCAAGAGCUUCUAAGCCAUUGAGUCCUCUCAAGCAGCGCAGUUUUGACCGUAAGAUCUUGUUAGAACGCUGGAUUGCUGAUAAGCCUUGGGAGAGCAGGUUGACGGGAGAUAUUGAUUUGGACUCAACUAACAUGACUCCAUUGUCCAAGAAGAGUGAGAAUGAUGAACUCUCUUUCAACACAUAUCAACAAAAUGGCUUAGUAAGAGCAAGAAGGAACAUUAAUGGUGUGAAAACUAGGAGUUCAACUAAAUCUUUUACAACCAGCCAAUCCACUCCGUCGUCUUCGGCUAAAAGUUCCGAUUGUAUGUAUGAUGAUAACCCUUUAUCAACUUCCUGCACAUCUGAAUCACCAACCAAGAUAGAAGCUACAAAGGAAAGGGAGAUCGGGAAACCGAGCUACACGAAUUUGACAGCGUCGAGCAAAGCUAAACUGAAACCGAGUAGACAUUCGUCUCCGAAUUUGAAGAGACUCUUUAUGGAUGAUGAUUAUCUGUCUCAUAGCAUGCGGACAAACUUUCUAAAUGCAGAUACUAGAAGCAUUUCUGGUUCAUAUUCUUCAGCUAGUAUAUGGAAAGAUCUUUAUGGAACACCUUCGAGAUCAAGUUAUCAAAAACAAUUUACAUUGGGAGAUAAGUAGUGAUGACCAUAAUCAAUGAAUCCAACACCUUGUUGUCAAUUAAUACUUUCAUAUAGUGAGCAGAAUGUGUGUUGAAGUUCAUACAUACUAGCUAAUUGAUAAUGUAGAUAACAAAAGUGAUUUGGGAGGUUCACUUGUUAUUCUUUUGGGCAUGUUCAUGUUCAUUUUUUGGGCUAUAUUUAUAAUUAGUAGCUAUGUGUUUUACUAUUCAAAAUAGUGAGUAUGAAAG